AUGGCCUCUACCCACCCCUAUCCGUUAUACGUCCGCCCGCAACGCCUGCCACCAAGCGACAAAUGUGUCCGCGUCGGUCCUUACAUCCUCACCGAAACAAUCGGUUCAGGUGCCACCAGCAAAGUUAAGAUUGCCGUCCAUCAGGGCACCGAUGACCGCUAUGCCUGCAAGAUAAUGGACAAGCGAGACGUUCGCGAAAACACAAACAGUCGCCAGGUCCGCAAAGAAGUCAGCGCCAUGCGAUGUCUUGAUCACGAUAACGUUGUUUCCUUGAAAUCCGUCCUCACCACCUCAUCCAAGAUCUAUAUCAUCAUGGAGCUCGUCGAGGGAAGCGAGCUGUUCAAUGAAAUUCGAGCAUACACAAAACUCUCAGAACCUUAUGCGCGACACUUUUUCAAACAGCUCAUCGACGGACUCCAGCAUUGCCAUCAACAAGGCGUCUGCCAUCGCGACCUUAAACCAGAAAACCUCAUGAUCACUGACGACAAAAUCCUCAAGAUUACUGACUUCGGCCUCUGCAACCUCAAAAGAGGCGGUCCAAAUGGCGCUGGUGGUGGCACCGGCUUUAUGAAUUCCGUCACUUCCUCCCUGUUUAUGCGCACGCAAUGCGGCACGCCAAACUUUGUUGCCCCCGAAAUCGUCUGCUUGGACGACGAGCAUUCUCCCGGCACAUACUCCGGCUCCAAGGUUGAUAUUUGGGCCUGCGGCGUCAUUUUGUUUAACCUUGUAGCUGGCCAUCUUCCUUUUAAUUCCGCGCAGACAGAAGACCUCUUUCACGACAUUGUCAACGGCAAUGUCCCGUAUCCAGAUUGGUUUUCCGCCAGUCUAGUUGACCUUAUCGGAAAUAUGCUCGAGGUUGACCCCAAGGAGAGAUACACAUUGAAGCAAAUUCGUGCGCACGAAUGGUUUAACGAACAAUCCUACUCCUUUAACUCAACACCCCCCGUGAUUGACACAUCAGGAGAGAACCCGGCCCAUAGGUUUCUUUCCACUGCCGUGCUUACAAGAGAAUCAGAAUCCCUGACACCAGUAAUGCACAGAAACCCACAGAGCCGAAGUAUGCAUGCACUGCAGCAAGGAAUUGCAUAUCCUGGGCAGGACUACCAUACCCCUCAUAUGCCUCACACACAGCCGAUUGGCACGGUGGAGACACGUCCUGUUUCCUUGAAGCACCGGACUGUAGACAGCUUGGAUUUCGGCGAUCGCGUUAACACUGCGGAAGGUGAUCUACUGGCUGCAUAUUCGUCUCAGUUUACCGCAUCAGACGCGGGCCAGCAGGCUGCCCCUCAAACACGUGGACUUGAGAGUACCCGCCAAAACUUGGGUUCCGGGAUGAACGUGGCGAGUUCCACCACGCCAGCAAGCGGCAACACAUACCCUCUCGAAAGGGAAGAGAACACAAGCAAUGCAACGUCUAUGACGGGCGACCAUAGUGAAGAAUAUGAAUCUGAAGAGUUAGAGGACUACGAAGUCUACCAUUGUUCACAUCUUCGACAAGUAAGGUUUGCCUCACCGGAUACGAGCCUGACUAGAUCCCUGAGACGCGCCAAGUCUUCACCUAAUGUCGCAAAUGGACUUGGCGUCGUAAAUGACAUGUCGAAUGAAGGAUCCUUACCGGAAACCAAGAGUAUGGGCUUCACGCAAGGGUAUGCACGUGAUCUUGAGAAACAGCAACUUUGGAAUAAUGCGUUCGGCCAACACGCACUUAAAGAGGAAGGCGUCCAGCAGCCAAGAGUGAAACGGUCCAGCUCACAUGAACACAUCGUAAAUCCAAGAGACAGUAGGAGACCGAGUUGGAAUGCUAUAGCAUAUGCAGGGGGACACGUGAAUACAUUUAUGUCUGAUACAGGUGAGUCUAUCCCGAGUCCAUAUAGAUCCUCCGUACUGCGUUCGUGGCAAUCUCUUAACGUUGGGGGUCAGAAUGCCGCGCCAAUCGGAACGCAUGUGGGGCAAGAGCCGUAUUCCGAGUUAGGCAGUGGUAACGAUGCGUGCAGGGAAGAUUACAGCAGAGAAUGGUUAAGAAGCGAAGCAGAGAAGGUUCAAUGUAACAGAACGGCAAGGGAUUUUGACCUGGUACCGGACAGUGAAGAAUUCAAUAUGGAGAGCUGGCAGCUGAAUCAGAUCUGGACGACUAGUCUGCAAGCAGAAAAUCUAGGCAACGAUUUUCUUCCUACGAAGCGAGCUGUCCGAUUUGCAGAUAUUCCAGACCCUGCGAAAGAGCCGACAAGGCUACCUCAGCAGAACAUGAGGCCUGCUCAGCCGGUCUUAUACGGUACAUCAGGUAGUAUUCCAAUCAGCUCUCUAACCGGGUAUCCUGAAACUGCAGUCGAUUACAAUUACGGUAAGCCCGUGGGCGACCCAGUUGAAGGAAUGACGGAACCCAGAAUGAACAGCAAAUUGCCGGUACUUGCGACUAACCACGCGCCCUUGCCUGCGGAGGGACUCCGUAUCGGAGGGCAAGGGCCUGUGUUGUCAGCAGUUCCUGCGCAUAUGAUUAAGGAGAUGUUACCCCCGAAAAGGGCAGUGAGUCCUGGUCGAUUCUCACCUAAUGGGCGUACGCCGGUUACUGAGAAGGAUUUAGUUGCUUCUGUUGUUUCUUCUAUCCCGUCCCCUCGCGUUACAGAUAGUGAAACUGCAGGUAUACCAUCUCCAGCUCGGGGGCGAGUAGGUCCACUGCCCGGACUGGAGCCAACGCCUGAGUUCGUGAAGUUGGGCAUAGGAGAAGAUUUUCAUGGCAUCCCAACGUCAGGUGCCGAAUCAUGGCUGACAGGUAGUGGCGGUGGUAGUGACCAGAACGCAGGAUCAUCCAGCUCCAACGGGUUGUCAUCCGAAAAGACGUCUUCAACAAACGGCACAGGGCUCCGGGAACCUAUUCGCGGCAUUAGUGGCAAUACGCUGGCAGAAGGUGCGACCCUUACUGAAAUUGAGAGCUACAAUCUGGCACAGUUGCGAACAUUGCAGACUUCGCCAUCUUCGGCAUUGGCAGACAGGGAUGACUCCGUAGUUGCAUCAAGCUCACCGAUGACCUCUGACGCCGGGCGGCAGAAAGAAGCGAUUGAAAAUGAGAGCGAGAUGGUUGGCUCACAGGCAAGUAAGUCUCAAGCAACGGGACCAGCGACAAGUCAGGGCGGUAGCAGUAGUGAUGCCAAAGAAGGUGUGCAAGUAUCCCGAGCGAGUCAACCACCGCUGACAAAAGCUACAGUGGCAUCGCAAUCGGGAGCGCGGUCUCUCUUCGGAAGGCUACCUGGUAUACACUCGGCCAAGCGACAGUUGCUGGGAAGAUCGUCAUCUCGACUGGAAACGAAAAGCACAACUCAAUUCCAAACGCACAAUGCACCCGAGCGAUGUUUUAAGGCGAUCAAAGAAUUACUGAUCGACCAUGGCUGCAGCUACGUGAAAGGCGGUGCGCUGAAAAAGAUGUCUGGAGACAUGUUUACGCUGCGAUGCGAGUACAAACGAGCAAAGGCGAAUGUGGUGGUUGUUGCAAAGAUCACGAUCUCGCGUUUUGAUGAAGUACUCACAAGCGUGUUGUUCGAGAGACAAGGGCGGACGAGCAAAGAGCAAUUUGACAAGUUUUAUUCAUCAGUGUACAAUUUGUAUAGAGAAGCGGCGUACAAAGAUGAAUGAAACUGGGUCGGGGCGGCUCGCCAAUAUCAAUAGCAAUGAUGCACAAGAGCGUGGAACAAGACGGUUUCCGGCACGUUUGCAAUAACUUUGCGUUGCGGACACAUUGUUGCACGAAACGGUUUUGUCCACGUCACGAGGUUGCAGAACCUAUUUGAAAGAUGUGAUGGGGGGUCGUGAGCGGAACGUAGGGAGAGGGGGGUUGGUUGUGUACAGGUGCUCGUGUCCCAGCAUGGCAUCUUUCAAACAAUUUCUAUGGGCAUGUCCCAGCGUCGAGGGUUGGAUUGUAGUGCAGGGUAUGUACAGUAUAACUAAUUGGGCUUGACAGCAAGGGGGCUUGACAGCAAGGGCCAAUGCGUAUGAAUGGCAUGAAAUAAAGUUCGUUGUGCGGCAAAACUUGGUGAGCCGAGGCAAAAGCGAGGCCUCGAUGAAUGAUAAAGCCACAUGACAAGGACUUCGCACUGCUGCGACGGCUUUGAUAAGCGGCGGGAAAUGAAUCCGCCGGCGGAGAGGAAGGCGGCCCUGCCAGUCGAAAGCGCCAGACGAUUUUUUCAACACAAACACAUCUGUACAACGCCUGGACAAGCGGGACCCUGACGUUCGUCCCCACAAAAAAUAACUAAAAUUCACCUACUAG